CUUACGUCUCAAAGGGUUAAUGAUAUAUAACUAACAUAAAAACAUAAAACAUUUGUUAACGACAAAUACCGUCUAGCUAGCAACAGUCUUGCUCUCCUGGUCGUGGCAUUUUGAACGCUGUGGUUACCGUAGAAAGGUUAUCAUAUAAUUUACUAUAAAACCGCUUGAAUGUAAUCCAGUUAUUCAAGAGAACAAAUACUGUUAUUAAUAUUUGGUAUUUAUAAUAAACGACAUUUCUUGCUUGCAGGAUUUAUGUCGACGUACAGAGACUCACUCACAACAAGUCGGCACGGACACACCCUCGGCAUACAUCAUCACGCUAAUCUCACGCUAAGAAAACAUUAAUGACGAACAGUCAACAGACUCCAUUCAUAAAAUCAUGUCAGAGAAGGGUGCCAAGAUCACAAUUUGGUCUCACUUCGAGUCGGAGUAUGUACUGGGCCGCAAGAUUGUCUUCAUGUGCAAGGGAGGAGAACCUCGUCCAGUCAUCACCUGGUUUAAGGACGGCAUCGAGCUUGCCCAUUCAUUCUUCCAGGUUAGCCUCACACAGGUGCAUGAGUGGAAGGAAGGCACGGUGUCCAUCAAAAGCAAGAUGGAGAUCGACCCAGCCACUCAGAUGGACGCCGGCUACUAUGAGUGUCAGGCAGACAACAAAUACGCCGUGGACGUGAAGGGCUUCAGCGCCGACUACUCCAUCGAGUUUGUGUGAGCAUCCAGCCAGGUCCCCACACCCGAC